CUCACUCCUCUCGCGAGAUUUCUCAGCAGUCAAAGGAAAAAAAAAAGAAGCUGCGAUGCUAAAGGUUUGUUAGCCUUAUUUUCUGACAGCUUCGCGUCUAGCUGGAUGGAGGAGAAAACGCCACACUGUUAUUAAGGUAAAGCUUUCCAGAGACUGGGAGCACUUCCUGCAGUCCCCUCCCCUAUCAUCCUUCUCAGAGUGGAUUUGAAGAUGUAGCCAAGAGUAAAGUGGAUCAUCUCUUCAGUCCCUCAGCAGUCCUGCCCCAGGGAUAGUCAGUGACUUCUCACCUCCACCCUCUGCCAGCCUAACUCUGUGGCACUUUGGUCCCCAACAGGGGCUGCCUUGUGCGUGACUCAGCCUUCCCCAGUCAGUCCUUCCGUCCGUGGUUGAAGGACCCUGCUGUCCUCAGCCAUGCUGUUCUCCCUGAGGGAACUGGUCCAGUGGCUGGGCUUUGCCACCUUUGAACUCUUCCUCCACCUGCUAGCUUUGCUGGUCUUCAGCAUGCUGGUUGCUCUGCGAGCUGACAUGUUCACCCCUACGUUGAGCUGGUGGCUGGUGUUCGUCCCGCUGUUUGCCGCCGAUGGCCUCAGCACCUACUUUACGGCCAUUGUGUCAAUUCGUCUUUACCAGGAGAACGAGAAGCGCCUCGCCGUGCUGCGGCUCCUCUGGGUGCUGACGGUGCUCAGCCUCAAGCUGGUGUGCGAGGUGCUGCUGUGUCAGAAGCUGGCGGAGCAGGAGCAAGCCAGAGACCUGUGGUUCGGCCUCAUCGUCUCUCCGCUGUUCAUCCUGCUGCAGCUGCUGAUGAUACGGGCGUGCCGCGUCAACUGAGGGGAGGCGGCUAGCGGUUGGGCUUCCCCAUCACCGAAAACACAGGAACACAGAGCAAUCUUCCUCUGCCAAUAGAGAUUUAAAGCAUAACAAUAGUGUAAUUUCUCUUUGGGCUCACAGCUACCUUUUUUUUUUUUUUUUUUUUUUUUAAACACACAUGGUCCAGGUCUCACCAAAUUUGUAUACAUUUUUGUUUCUAAUAAUUAUUUAUAAGUUCUAAUGCAGUAUUUCUCUUUCCAGAUGCGUGGAGGCUGUUGUAGUUGUACCAUGGAUUUUGAAUUAGAUCAAUCAUGUAUGAGAAUAAUAAGGGCGACCACGUGUUUUUGGCCAUGUAGUGUAAAAAGUAGGGCGGGGUUAAAAUAAUCGAAUCUCCAAUUAAAAUUGACCUUUGAUUGGGUGAUCCGAUAAUGAUUCAUGAAAUCCCCAAACUGAUCUUUUAUCAUGCAUUUUCACAUAUGGAUGUGGGGAAUCUUAAAGUAAACAUUAACCU